AUGGCGGGCUCGGUGGCCGACAGCGAUGCCGUGGUAAAACUAGACGAUGGGCAUUUAAACAACUCCCUGGGCUCUCCAGUUCAAGCGGAGGUGUACUUCCCACGGUUGAUAGUUCCAUUUUGCGGGCACAUUAAAGGUGGCAUGAGACCAGGCAAGAAGGUGUUGGUGAUGGGCAUCAUAGACCUCAACCCGGAGAGCUUUGCAAUCAACUUGACCUGUGGUGACUCGGAGGAUCCCCCCGCUGAUGUGGCGAUUGAACUCAAAGCCGUGUUCACAGACCGCCAGCUCCUCAGAAACUCCUGUAUAUCUGGCGAGAGGGGCGAGGAGCAAUCAGCGAUCCCCUACUUUCCAUUCAUCCCGGACCAGCCAUUCAGGGUGGAAAUUCUCUGUGAGCACGCGAGGUUCAGAGUGUUUGUGGACGGACACCAACUCUUUGAUUUUUACCACUGCAUUCAAACGUUCUCAGCCAUCGACACCAUAAAGAUCAACGGAGACCUCCAGAUCUCGAAGCUCGGCUGA